GGGGUUGGCAGGGGACUCGCGGAUAGGGAGCCGGGGAACCCGGGGAUACAGAGCCGGAGGGACCGCGUACCUGCUGCCGCCGAGCCCGGGAGCCAGGAGAAGACGACCGAGUCAUGUGGCUGGAAAUACUCCUCGCCUCAGUGCUGGGCUUUGUCAUCUACUGGUUCGUCUCCAAGGACAAGGAGGAAACUUUGCCACUUGAAGAUGGAUGGUGGGGGCCCGGGGUGAGGCCCACAGCUGGGGAGGACGAGAGCAUCCGCCCGUUCAAGGUGGAAACGUCAGACGAGGAGAUCAAUGAUUUACACCAGAGGAUUGACAAGGUCCGUUUAACCCCACCUUUGGAGGACAGCCGCUUCCACUACGGUUUCAACUCCAACUAUCUGAAGAAAAUCAUCUCCUACUGGCGGAAUGAAUUUGACUGGAGGAAGCAGGUGGAGAUUCUCAACAGAUACCCUCACUUCAAGACUAAGAUUGAAGGGCUGGACAUCCACUUCAUCCACGUGAAGCCCCCCCAGCUGCCCUCCGGCCAGACCCCAAAGCCCUUGCUGAUGGUGCAUGGCUGGCCUGGCUCCUUCUACGAGUUUUAUAAGAUCAUCCCGCUCCUGACUGACCCCGAGAAGCAUGGCCUGAGCAACGAGCUUGCUUUCGAAGUCGUCUGUCCAUCCAUUCCUGGCUAUGGCUUCUCAGAGGCAUCCUCCAAGAAGGGCUUCAACUCAGUGGCCACUGCCAGGAUCUUUUAUAAGCUGAUGCUGCGGCUGGGCUUCCAGCAAUUCUAUGUUCAAGGCGGGGACUGGGGAGCCCUGAUCUGCACCAACAUGGCCCAGCUGGUGCCCAGCCACGUGAAAGGCCUGCACUUGAACAUGGCAUUCAUUUUAAGAAAUUUCUACACCCUGACCCUUCUCCUGGGAUGGCGUUUUGGGAGGCUUUUUGGCUACACCAAGAGGGAUAUGGAGCUGAUGUCCCCCUUGAAGAAGAUUUUCUUCAACUUAGUGAGGGAGACCGGCUACAUGCACAUCCAGAGCACCAAGCCGGACACCGUAGGCUGUGCUCUGAAUGACUCUCCCGUGGGACUGGCGGCCUAUAUUCUGGAGAAGUUUUCUACCUGGACCAAUCCAGAGUUCCGAGACCUGGAGGAUGGAGGCCUGGAGAGGAAGUUCUCCCUGGACGAUCUGCUGACGGGCACGAUGCUCUACUGGACGACAGGCACCAUCACCUCCUCCCAGCGCUUCUACAAAGAGAACCUGAGACUGGACAAUAUGCAUGAGGGGAUAAAGGUCCACGUGCCCACGGGCUUUGCUGCCUUCCCUUGUGAGUUAGUACACGUCCCAGAAAAGUGGGUGAAGUCCAAGUACCCGAAACUCAUCUCUUAUUCCUACAUGCCCCGUGGGGGCCACUUCGCUGCCUUUGAGGAGCCAGAGCUGCUCGCCCAGGACAUCCACAAGUUCGUGGGGCUGCUGGAGCGGCAGUGACCCCGGCGGGGACCGGCUGUCACCUCGCAGGCAGCCCCUGCCCUGGCAUGGCAGGCUUCCUUCUGACACCCGCCCUUUUCCCCGGAAGCCCCCAGUUUCCCAGCCCAGCUCCCAGUUGAAGUGAGGCUGGCAGGGAGGCCCCCUCCCAGUCCUCUGUUGGUGGAGUUGCCCCUUUUCCCAAGAAUGUGCUUGCUUCCGUCCCCUGCCCGUGCUGGGACCCCAUGCUCACCCCUCCACACGCACUCCCCACACACUUUGUUAAGCAACAUGGCUUUGAUUAUAAAUGAUUUUCCUUCUAA